AUGACUUUCCGCUAUCUCCUGAACGUCAGUUUCGAGGGACCCUGCUCCGACAGCAGUGCCGGGAGCUCCAGCGCGGGCGGUGGCGGGGGUGGCGCGGGCGGCGCGGCUGCCUCGGAGGGCCGGGCGGUGGACGGCGUGCGGGUGACCGCAGGCGGUGGCAGCGGCGGCGGCGUGGUGGGCGCGGGCAGCGGCGAGGACAACCGGAGCUCCGCUGGGGAGCCCGGGGUCACCGGCGCCGGCGGCGAGGUGAACGGCACGGCGGCCGUCGGGGGGCUGGUGGUGAGUGCGCAGGGCGUGGGCGUGGGCGUCUUCCUGGCCGCCUUCAUCCUCACGGCCGUGGCGGGCAACCUGAUGGUCAUCCUCUCCGUGGCCUGCAACCGCCACCUGCAGACGGUCACAAACUAUUUCAUUGUGAACCUGGCCGUGGCCGACCUGCUGCUGAGCGCCACGGUGCUCCCCUUCUCGGCCACCAUGGAGGUUCUGGGCUUCUGGGCCUUCGGCCGGGCCUUCUGCGACGUGUGGGCCGCCGUGGAUGUGCUGUGCUGCACGGCCUCCAUCCUCAGCCUCUGCACAAUCUCGGUGGACCGGUAUGUGGGCGUGCGCCACUCACUCAAGUACCCAGCCAUCAUGACCGAGCGCAAGGCGGCCGCCAUCCUGGCGCUGCUCUGGGCCGUAGCCCUCGUGGUGUCUGUGGGGCCGCUGCUGGGCUGGAAGGAGCCGGUGCCCCCUGACGAGCGCUUCUGUGGCAUCACGGAGGAGGCGGGAUACGCUGUUUUCUCCUCCCUGUGCUCUUUCUACCUGCCUAUGGCCGUCAUUGUGGUCAUGUACUGCCGCGUGUAUGUGGUAGCGCGAAGCACCACGCGCAGCCUGGAGGCGGGAGUCAAGCGCGAGCGGGGCAAGGCCUCAGAGGUGGUGCUGCGCAUCCAUUGUCGCGGCGCAAGCACUGGCUCAGACGGAGCCCACGGUGGGAUGCGCAGCGCCAAGGGCCACACCUUCCGCAGCUCACUGUCGGUGCGUCUGCUCAAGUUCUCCCGUGAGAAGAAGGCAGCCAAGACGCUGGCCAUCGUCGUGGGCGUCUUCGUGCUCUGCUGGUUCCCCUUUUUCUUCGUCCUGCCACUGGGCUCCCUUUUCCCACAGCUGAAGCCCUCAGAGGGCGUCUUCAAGGUUAUCUUCUGGCUGGGCUACUUCAACAGUUGCGUGAACCCGCUCAUCUACCCUUGCUCCAGCCGGGAGUUCAAGCGGGCCUUCCUCCGCCUCCUGCGCUGCCAAUGCCAUCGUAGUCGCCAGCACCACCGCCCCCUCUGGAGCAUCUACGGUCACCACUGGCAAGCCUCGAAUGGCGGCCCGCGCCCUGACUACGCUCCUGGCCCAGGCGCCGCACCCUCCGGGGCCCUGCUGGCCCUCACCGCGCCCUCAGCCCCCAGCUCCCCAGGCACACCCAAGGCGCAGGCUCCGGUCGUCGGCCGUCGAAAGCCGCCCUGCGCCUUUCGCAAGUGGAGGCUUCUCGUGCCGUUCCAGAGACCCACCACCCAGCUGCAUGCCAAGGUCUGCAGCCUGUCGCAAAAGAGGCACGCCAGAGAGGCUGCGUGCGCCCUGCACUUGGAGGUGGAAGCUGUGUCCUUAGGCGUCCCCAGUGAUGCAGCUGAGGGCACCACCUGCCAGGCCUACGAAUUGGCAAACUCUAGCCAUCUCCGGGAGACUGAUAUUUAA